AAAAGUUUAGGUGGAGAACUAAACAGGGCCUUAGUAGAAACUAAACAGUGCAAUCCUACAAAAUAUGUUUUCAGUAUAAAAUACUAGCUAUCCCAUAGCAACACAUAGGCAUGCUAACCUAUAUUUAAAUAAAAGUAAAAAAUUAUUUAUGUAUACUUAAAUUGUAUAAAUAGGGGUAAACUAAUUUUAUAUGGAGAAAAAAUAUGUUCCAUUUUUAAAUGUGAAUAUAUUUUUUAAAAUUUCAAAAUAAAGUUUUUUGUCUUGUGGGAACGAUGUAUAAAUCUCUGCAAAGCACAUAUUUGUGAUUGUAUUAUUGAGAGAUUAGAUUCUUAAUUGUAGAAUUUAUUGUAAAAUAUGUAAUGUGAAUACACAAACUUGCCAUGUUUAGCUUUAUGUUUUCGAUCAGCAAGAAAAAAUGCUUAUCAUGAUUGUCCCUAGACCUGUUGAAGAAUGGUGUAAAGACACACCAGCGUUUAUGUAUGCCAAAUACACUCUUGGAUUUAGCUACAACUACACGGCCGCAGUAAAUAAACAUAUUCCUGGAUGGGAUGAAGAUGUUUUCAAAUGGAAAUUUAAACGGGCAGAAAACAUUGCAGAGGACAUAGAUGGGCACUUAAGUGGAUUUCUCAUCCUACAGUAUAUGUCUGCAUGGAAUAGACCACAAGCCACACACAUUUAUACCAGUUCAGAGUUGGACCGGAGAACCGUCAUGUCCGACUGUCCGUCGGGCGUCGCGCGGCGGCGUGGCUCAAGCUCAACUCGGCCGGAAGGAGAUGGAGCUCCGUGCUCCGAGACAAAUUCCGCUGCACGCCACCACGGCGCCACCAAUGCAAUGCUGAGUAGCCGGGUCCGUGGCCUCGAGGAGGACAAGACGGCGGGGUCGCCGACGAUGAGGAGGAUGAAACGGGAGGAAGUGCGUUGCAGUUGCAGCGGAUGGGAGGACUGCGAGGAGAUCUAAAAUUCGAAAGCCGCGGCGGGGUUCAAGUCAGGGGACGGGAAGUUGGAGUCUGUCUAUUACCCCAAAGCUCCCUGCACAACUCUGUCUGGGACGGACCAUGACAUACGGCUCCUCCCGAUCCGUAAGGCGAAACACGUGGAUGGCCAAGCAUAUACACUGCUAGUGCACAAGCAAUGGAGAGCAGAGACAUGCAACCUGACUGGCAAUUGAGAGCAGAGGCAUGACUACGGGACUAUCACUAUCUUCACUAAUCCACCAUGUAAUGAUGUGAUUAUAUUGGAAUCGGGUGAUUAAAUGCAACUAGCUUGGGAAGCUGUAGCUGGAGGCGAGCAAGGGCAUCUAGCUGUUCCUUCCUCCAGUGGCAACUUGCCUGCUAAUGAAUCAUCUCAUGAUCACAUCUUGCUGCCCUUCAACCAUGCAGGCGAGUUUGCUGCUCGUAUUGCAGACAUGACAGCCUCCUAAUCAAGCUAAGUUUGUGAUGCUUCUUGGGUUUGGUGGCAGCUGUUGAAGUUCAUCAGUUGGUACACAUGAGAAUGAUUCUCGCUGUCUGCUGGUUCAGCUAUGCAGUUGCUUCCACCUCUUUCGCUAUAUAAAGAGGAAAGCCAAAGCCAGGAAGACCACCAUUGCAGCAGCUUGCAUUCUCUUCUCCAUUUCAAGACAAAGGAAGCUUCACGGCCUUAGCCUCCCCUCAAAUCAUGGCUUGCCACCUUAGAUCCACGAGCAUGCCUUCCAGCCCUGUCUCUAACAAAGCUAACAUCGAUGAACAGCUGCAGAGCCUGAAGGCAACCAUCUCCUCACCUUCAGUGGCCAUCGAAACCAUGGUUGAUGGUCUGAACAAGAUCGUGAGCAUCUUCACCUGCAUUGAUGAGCUUACAUUUUUGCCCAACAAUCAGCAGAGGAAGGCAGUGGAGGAGGAGCUCGAGCGCUCUCUUGUCCUGCUUGACCUCUGCAACGCCAUGCAAGAGAACUUUGGAGAGCUCAAGGUCAGCGUCCAGGAGAUGCAGCUGGUUCUCAAGAGAGGAGACAAUGCGGCUCUUCAGACCAAGGUUCAAUCAUAUGCCCGCUUGGCCAAGAAGGCACAGAAGCAGUUCAAGAAGAUCAACAGCAAGGCUACUUCUGACAUUGAAGGAUGCAGAGUAGUCAUGCUGUUGGCUGAAGCAAGGGAGAUUGCUGUGUCGAUGCUCGAAUCAACAUCACAUCUCCUCUCAAAGAAGAUCGCGACGCCCAGCGCUAGCAAGUGGUCUCUGGUGUCCAAGGCAUUUGAGAAGAAGAAAGUUGUUUGCAAGGAGGAGCAAUUGCAGGUGUUGGAGUUGGACAUUGCUGAUCUUGAGAGUGGAGUUGCGACUUUGUUCAGGACACUGAUCCAGAGCAGAGUUUCUCUUCUGAACACUCUCACCUUGUAGAUAGAUCAUACACCAACUCUAAUCCCUGCGAUUAGCAUCCGUGUUUUAGAGGAUCUGCUGAUCAUGGAAACAAUUUUGAUGUAUAUAUAUGAGAGUGUACAGAAAUAUACUAUGCUGGAAAGCAAAGUUUUGGGUCA